AUGUCCCUUAGUAGGGGUCAUGGGGAAGCUGUGGCCACUGCGGCGGCGCCAUUGUCUGAAGACGGGGAAAUGACCUCCGGCCUCCAGGCGCUGGCCGUGGAGGACCCCGGAGGUCCUCCUGCUUCGGUUAAUAAGGCCGAAGAAGACAGGGAAGGUGACCGGGAGGAGGCCCAGCGCGCGGGGCCCGGGGGCCCGGAGGCCCAGGAAGACGCCCCUAGCGCCGCAGGGCAAGAGCCCGCAGAGGGGGACGCGGAGGACUGGUGCGUGGCCUGCAGCGACGAGGAGCUGGAGCUGCCGGCCGACGGCCAGUCCUGGAUGCCCCCGCCCGCCGAAAUCCAGCGUCUCUAUGAGCUGCUGGCCGCCCACGGGACCCUGGAGCUCCAGGCGGAGAUCCUGCCCCGCCGGCCGCCCACCCCCGAGGCCCAGAGCGAGGAGGAGCGAUCCGACGAGGAGCCCGAAGCCAAGGAGGAGGAGGAGGAAAAACCGCACAUGCCAACGGAGUUUGACUUUGACGAUGAGCCAAUGACACCCAAGGAUUCCCUGAUUGACCGAAGACGAACUCCAGGAAGUUCAGCCCGGAGCAAGAAACGGGAAGCCCGCCUGGACAAGGUCCUUUCAGACAUGAAGCGGCACAAGAAGCUUGAGGAGCAGAUUCUUCGCACUGGCAGGGACCUCUUCAGCCUGGACUCGGAGGACCCCAGCCCCGCCAGCCCCCCACUCCGGUCCUCGGGGAGCAGUCUCUUCCCCCGGCAGCGGAAAUACUGA